AUGAUCAAUGACUCUAUCAGACCAGUGCAGUUGUCUGUGGACUCACUGAAGGAACAAGUCCAGGACUUCACUGUCAGAUUGACACAUACAGAAGCACUUGCGGGUGAAAACUUUGAAAAACUCACCCAAGCUGAAGGAACCAUUCAAUCCUUGGAAGCGCAGAAUAAAUUCCUCUUUGAGCGCGUCGAUGACUUGGAGAAUAGAUCGCGCAGAUCAAAUUUGCGAAUCAUAAACAUCCCGGAAGAACGCGGACGCAAUCCAGUGGAAUUCAUGUCCGAGCUGCUGAAAGAAUGCAUGGGGCCAGAUGUCUUCCCGUGGCCCCCGAUUCUGGAGAGAGCCCACCGUACACCGGGUGGAUCUCGCUCCGUGCACCAGCCGUCACCUCCGAGGACCUUCAUGGUGUGUUUCCACUACUUCCAGGAGAAGGCUCUGCGCUGGGCUCGGGAGCAUGAACUCAAAUACAAGGGAUGCACUUUGAGAGUCUACCCGGACCUAAGCGCUGCCCUCGCCAAGAAAAGAGCUGCGUUCAACGCGAUCAAGCACAAGUUGUAUGAAAGAAAAAGCAUCUUUCACUUGUUUCAUCCAGCAAGGCUCCGUGUGCGAGUUGGUGAUGAGACGCGCGUCUUCGACACUCCAAAGGACGCUGAGACUUGGCUAUUUGGCUACUCCAACAAGUAA